AUGCCUCCAUUUCCUGCGGGACCUCUCCCAAUACCUGCCCGUAACUCUCGAGUUCACGGACACAUCGCAGGCGUACCAGUUGGCUCAAUUUUCCCCGGUAGACUACAAGUUCGUGCAGCAGGCUUGCACAACCCUCCUCGCUCUGGUAUCUUUGGCACCUCGAAAGAAGGCGGCGCGUACUCUGUCGUUGUGUCGGGUGGCUACGAGGACGACGAAGACCAUGGAACGUACUUCACGUAUACUGGCUCAGGCGGAAGAACUGAGGGUUACAACACUGUACAAGUCGCAGACCAGGAGUGGAAACGGGGGAACAGGACUUUGAAGAUGUCGGCGACAACGGGAAAUCCCGUUCGUGUCAUCCGAGGGCAAAACAACUCUCGUUAUGCACCAAGUGAAGGGUACCGUUAUGAUGGUCUAUACAAAGUCAUCAAGGCUUGGAGGCAACGCGGCCAAACAGGCUUCAAAACGUGUCGAUUUCUAUUUGUCCUCCUCGAAGGGAAUGCCCAUCUCGGAAAACCACCUGACCCCGACGAAAUCCUCAGUCUGCUCCGCUUCGACGAAGACCUUGAUGAUGAUGGCGGAGAUGUGGCUGCCUCAGACUCCGAGGGCGAUAAUUCUUCGACGCGUCGAAGUACAUCUGUCUUGAGCACAAGCUCUUCGAAAAGCCGACCCAAAUUCAAGCGUCGCCGAUCAUCAAGCACGCCAAAACCCAUAGUCUCAUCAAGCCGCGUCGCCCCUCCUCGUCCAGUCAGUCCUCUGAUUCGUGUCAAAUUUGAAGGAACACCCCGUGAGCCCAUUAUGGCCGAUAUCAAACCCGCGAAACGCGUCAAACUGGAACAGUCUGAAGUCGCCCCUAUCGCCUGUCCUCCUCUGGUUGAUGCCAAUGUGCCAGCUACCCCUGUUAAGGAACGAAUACGUACAGAAAGAGAGCUGUUUGAUAGGAUUAAAGGCAAGCAAAGUAUUUCCAGAAGGUAG